ACAGGAGCCAAUGAGCGGAACAUUUGAACUGCACACCGGGGAUAGUGCCGUGUUAUGAAAGUCAGGGCUGUCCCGCUGGGAGGUGUAGCAGUAGCACUGCUGUGGGAAAAUGGCAAGCACGGCCCCAGGGAGCAGGGAGCUAAGCCUUAUGGACAAGCAGAUCCGCAACUUGCUGGAGAUUUGCUUGCAUUCCCAUCUCUAUUCCAUCAAUUUACAUUGUAAUCACAUUUCCAAGAUUGAAGGACUUGGACACCUCUGUUACUUACAGCAUCUGGACCUUUCAUCUAAUCUUAUAACUAAGAUUGAAGGGCUGGACUCCUUGACAUGUUUGCAGAGCCUGAAUCUGUCUUGUAACAAACUGACAUGGGUAGAAGGGUUGGGAAAGCUAUUUAAUCUCAAGAAGUUGAAUUUGUCGUAUAACCGCAUACAAGACCUUACCGGUUUUAUACCCCUUCAUGGAAGGAAUCAUAAACUGAGCCACCUGUAUCUUCAUAGUAAUUGCAUUAAUAACAUUGAAGAAGUUCUCCAGAGUAUGGUGGGAUUGAAUUGCUUGCUUCACCUUACAUUAGAGCAAAAUGCAAAAGGAAACCCUGUUUGUAAUGUCUUAGGAUACAGAGAAAUAAUCCUGGAAAACUUGCCUCAGUUAAACUCUUUAGAUGGGAUAGACAGGUCUGGUGUUCCAGUCACAGCACAUGAGGUGGAUUCAAUGGAUUUAGCUAAUCUGGACUUUUUGGAAUACCUUAUAAAUUUUGACAGUGGAAGAAAAGAAGUGAAGGAAUCUGCAAGUGGACCUGUAAAAACAGCUCGAAUUGAUGAAGUUCUAACCAAGUACCGAAAGCAGAGAGCUGCCUCAGAGGCUAUUAACUUUAGCACAGAUAUUACAUCCUCAUCUGAGCAUGAUAUUGCCCGGUUCCAUGAUAACAGCAACAUAUUGCGUGAGAUAAGAAUUAAGAAAUUGGAGGAUCAGAUUUCAGAACUUCUUAUGAAGGCUUCCUGCCCAAUCUCAGAACAGACUACACUGAAAGCCAAGAGAGAUACGGAUUUCACUACAGAAAGUGACUCUGAAAGUUCAAAGGAUAACAGAAAGGGUAGUACAACAAGAACCCCUGGGUGUCGUAAAACAAGCCAGGCUUCUAAGCAUCAGAAGCAUCAGGCCAGCCAGCAGUCGAAAGGCAGAACAUCUGUCGGUGAGCCAAAACAGAAUGUAUCAAGGAAACAACCUCUUUCCAAGACUCAGAGUAAAGCAGAUAUUGAGACUAGUGUGUCAUCUGGGCGAACGGGCAGUACAGGACAGAUACCUGGAAAGCCCCAUGCUCUAGAAGGGAGUCUAAAAAAGAAAGGGGAGCUCAUCAGAAAUGCAACCGAGGAAUCUACAUACAGAGCACUUGUGCAAGAUCUGGACCAGGAACGAGAAAGGAGGUGGAAGGCUGAACAAGUUGUCUUGAAGUUAACAGAUAGUAUAAAGGAACUACAAAACCAGGCCAAAGAAGAAAAAGACGUUAACAGUAUGGCUGUUUAUACCACUGAUAGGAUAAAAGAACUGCUUUUUAAGGAAAAAAGUGCAAAAUCUAAACUCCAGGAACUGAUCCAUCAUUUGAAAGAAGAGAAUCAAAAACUUGCAGAUGAACUAAAGAAAUUGAAAGACAAGGAGGAAGACUAUCAAAGAGCGUAUAAAUCUAUGGAUGAUACAUUAGCUAAACUGGAGACACAACGUAUACAACAAGCAGCCCUUGAGAUGAAACAAGUCCAAGAAGCUGAGCGCAAAGUAUCAGCUUCCCAAAGAGAAAUAGACUUGCUUCGAGCCUCUCUUCGUCAGCAAAAAGAAAAAGUUCAUCAGCUUCAUGAACUGCUUACGUCAAAGGAGCAAUUACACAGAAAGGAACUGGAAGCCAGAGUUGCACUUAAUGGGCCUGAAUUUCAGGAUGCGCUGGCUAAAGAAAUGGCCAAAGAAGCACAUCGCCACAGUCAAGAAAUACAUUCAUUUCAAGAGAAGAUGAAUUUGCUGACUCGGCAGUACGCUGAUCUAGAAGAUGAGUUUCGUGCGGCCUUGAUCAUUGAAGCAGGAAGAUUUAAAGAUGUUAAAGAUGGUUUCGAUAACGUUGCUGCAGAGUUGGCAGAGCAUAAGGAGAUUGUUAACCGCUGUCUGCAAAAGGAAAAGCAAUCGGCCACUUUAAUUCAGGAGCUUACUGCCAUGGUGAAGGAACAGAAAGCAAGAAUUGCAGAGAUCACCAAGGCUAAACAAGAUAUCAUAAGUGAUUUAAAAAGCAAAAUACACUCUCUGGAAAAAGUGGCUGAAGAGGGAAGACAGAAAACUGUUCAGAUUGAACUUCUUAAGCAAGAAAAAUCAAAACUGAUUUCACAGCUCACUGCCCAGGAGUCAUUGAUAGAUGGAUUAAAAGCAGAGAGGAAAAUCUGGGGGCAAGAGCUAACACAACAAGGUGUGUCACUUGCCCAGGAUAGAGGAAGACUUGAAGCCAAAAUUGAAGUUCUUUCUACUGAGAUUGAAAGUUUGAAAAAGCAGAAUGAACGUGAUACUGACACACUGAGAAUAAAAACCAAAGUUGUGGAUGAUCAGACAGAGACUAUAAGGAAACUGAAAGAGGGUCUGCAGGAGAGAGAUGAGCGAAUCAGAAAGCUGAGAGAGGAAAAUAUUCAGCUUGAAAAAACUCUUAGAGAACAAAGUGACGAACGGACAACACAACUGGAAGAGCUGAAAGAAAAGCUGGAAAGGCAGACAGAGAGAAAGGAGGAAGUCAAACAACUUCUAGAGGAAAAGGAAUCUGAGCUGGAAGAUGUAAAGAAAGCUUACAGCGCAAUGAAUAAAAAGUGGCAAGAUAAAGCAGAAUUACUAAGUCAGCUUGAAACACAAGUCAGACAGAUGAAAGAGAAUUUUGAUGCCAAGGAAAGGAAGCUGAUUGAAGAGAGAGACAAAAGCCUUCAGUCUCAGAAGGUGACCACGGAGAAGCUUCGGUCUGUGGACGAUGCAUUUCGAAGGCAACUGGAAUCUGUUCUUUCUGCCCACCAGGCUGAGCUGAUCAAGCUGGCAAGUGACAAGCAAAAAGAAAUUGAAGCAGCAAAUGAAAGAGUUUACCAAGUUGAAGAAGAAAUGCGGCAGCUUUUGAAAGAAACUGCUAACAGUAAAAAAAUCAUGGAGGCAAAAAUAAAACGUCUUACCGGCGCUUUCAGUGACAUCCAAAAGGAAUUUUAAUGUUUUGGGUGUUUUUACUUUUGAAAACAAAUAAGGGGCAAUAAUUUAUUCCUAGAAUAUUAUGUAUAUAGCUGUACAUUGCUUGUCUGCUGCUAAUAUACAUGUAUAUAAAAUACAAAUUUUGUGCCAUAAAUGUUACUACGGAUGUUUUCAAAGAACAUAAUUUGUAAUAAUUACUAAGUUGUCAUGGUUGUCUGAUACCAUCUGCUUUUAAACAAAUAAGUGGGUACGUUAAAUAGUUGCUUUAAAUCAAUAAUAAAUUCCUUUAAAGCUGGCCCCCAA